AUGAAAACAGCAAUAGAAAAGUUUUUCGAAGAUGAUGAAAAUAGUAGACUUUGCCUAAAUUUCAACUUGUAUCAGUUACAUCAAAAUUUCCUCAAACAGCAUCCCGAGUAUAGAAUUAGUUAUAGCUUUUUUUGCACCUUGCGACCAUUUUGGACAGUAAUUCCAAACGUCAACGCCCGAGAGACGUGCCUCUGUAUUGCUCAUGAGAAUAUGAACCUAGCUGUUAUGGCUCUUAAAAGACACGAGAUAAUAGCAGAAAAAUCGACGUAUGAUGUUCUUAAAUUCCUGUGUUGUGAUUCGAGGAAUGUAAUAUGUUUGAGUAGAAACUGUGACUGCUGUAAAAAUAGACAUUUGAAUUACCAGGAAUUUGAUAAUUUCAAGGGAAGCCACUACUGGUUUUGGACAAAGUCUAAAAAGAAAUAUAUCAAGAAUGGACAAGAAAAGGUUACCAUGCAAUCAUUGAAGCAAAAAGUAUUAGCAUAUCCUAAAAAUACAAUAGAGCAUUUUGAAAAAUUAUUAUAG